AUGAUUGAGCCAAUCUCUGUUAGGACUAAGUUGUGGCACCCCAUCGGACGAAUUCUCACUGUCAAUUGUUUACAAAAAUAUAAAAAUCAUCACAUCGAUGAGAAUCAUUAUUGCUAUCCUUUACUAGAGGAUGGUGUUACAAUAAUUCGGCGAGCUUUAUUGGAAAAUGGGCGUGAGGGACUAAUUAAGGAUAAAAUUUCUUCACCAAAUAAAGAAAACAACAAAACCUCCGGCAAUUUUCAGAUUCCUAAUUCCAAAAAUAAAAAGGUAAAAACAAAAGCGCAAUUUUCUGUAUCGCCAAAUAAACGAUUAAAUGAUACUGAAGUCGAGUUGUUAACCCGUCAGCACUCACGUUAUAAGCAUUUUGCUCACGCUCGAUUUAAAACAAUGAAAAACUUUUUCUUUUCAAAUGGAAAGGGUAGAUGAAAUUUUUCUACCUUCGAGGAAUUUUACCUAUUUUCAAAUUAUGAACUUUUGAAAUGCUUUAAUAUUAUAUA